AUGGUCAUUAACGAGAAUCGGAUAGAAUACCUGGGCGACGAUGCAGGAAAACGAAUCCCCUCCCUCAAUAAUCGUGAAGACACCAAUACAGUCGAUCUGAAAGGUCGUUCUGUGUUCGCAGCCUUUGUCGAUGCGCACAUGCAUUUACUGCAAUUCGGAGCGUCCUUGCUUAAAAUUGGACUUGACAACUGCCACAACCUCGAAGAAAUAAGAAGUACCAUUGCUCAGGCGGCGAAAAGCAACCCAAAAGCUCAACGAAUUCUCUGUCGAGGAUGGAGACAAGCCACCACUAGUCGCCAAGCGCUUGCGAGCAUGCUCGACGAUAUUGACCCUCGCCCAAUCUUCAUUGAUGCGGACGAUCUACACUCUUGCUGGUGCAGCAGCUCGGCGUUGAAGGACUUGGGCAUCACCCGUGACACCCCUGAGCCUGUUGAUGGAACAAUUCACAGAGACAAAGAUGGGAACCCUUCAGGGCUAAUAAGCGAAGGCGCAGUCUUUACUUUCGUCUGGCCUUUUUUGAUAGGCGUACUUUCCAAAGAGGAGAAGAAGGACUGCGUUCGAGCAGCCACAGACGAGUACCACGCUUCGGGCUAUACUAGUGUGAUCGAAAUGGCCAUGGACCAGGGACAUUGGGAUUUGUUCGAGGACAUGCACAAGAACGGCGAACUGGGUCUCCGAGUGGCGGCGCAUUGGAUGAUAAUACCGACAGGAAAGAGUGCGGAUGAGCUCGCUCAGGUUCAAACGGCAAUCGACAUCCAUGCACAGUACAAUCUCCAAAACUCUCCAGAUUUCCGGAUCGCUGGAAUCAAGAUAAUAGCUGACGGCGUGGUGGAUUCAUGUACAGCUGCGCUUUCAGAGCCCUACCUAGUGACUCCGCAGGGGGUAGGUGAUCUCAACUGGACAGACGAUGCGAUACGAGCAGUGGCUGCAAAAGCUGACAAGUCUGGUCUGCAAGUCGCCAUUCACGCCAUUGGUGACGCCGCUAUUCAUCAAGCAAUCAACACACUGGAGAGUCUAGGCACCACUGGACAGCGACACAGGAUCGAACACCUCGAACUCACUCAUCCGGAUGACGCUAAAAGACUGGGAAAACUCGGCAUCACUGCUUCUGUGCAGCCAGUGCAUUCUGAUCCUUCGAUCUUGGGAGCAUGGCCUGAAUUGGUGGGCAAAGAGCGUUGCGAUUGGGCCUUUGCGCAUGGAGCCUUCCAGGAACAUGGUGCUCAAUUAGCCAUUGGUACUGACUCGCCCACUGCGCCACAUCAGCCAUUUCCCAAUUUGUAUGUCGCGAAUACCAGACAGUCAUCACGAGACCAGCAUAACCAUACCAAGAUCAAUCAACGGCAAGGUCUAGAUAUGCACCAGGUGUUUGGUGCUGCAACUUGGGGCGCUGCUUAUUCUGGCUUUGCCGAAAAGGAACUCGGCAGUUUAGAGGUUGGAAAAAAGGCCGACUUUAUCGUAGUAGACGGGUUGCUGGAUGGGUUCGAUGCAAAAUCCUUGCUGAAAGCUUGUGUCACGGAGACGUGGAUGAACGGUCGGAAGGUGUAUUCGUCGUAG